CAGCUUUGACCCAACGACUAUUUUAACGUGUUAGAAAAACACAGCAUAAGUUAGAUGUUCUGUAAACAUGUGCAAAACUGUAAACGCAUUUUCUUCCGAAUGUUUACAUCAUUAUGCAGUCUCAUUUUAAACUUCCUCGAUGGAUACUUGUUCUCCGACGGUGCCUGAACGCAGCAAAAGUUCAAAAGUAUGGCGGCGGUGUGUUUGACAACACUAACAGAGCAAUGGAUACGUGACAGACUUCAAUUAAAACAUCCGUUUCUAGGUGAUGUUCGGACGCUGAGCCUCCCAGGGACACAUGAGGAGAAAAUCAGACAUCUUGGAAAAGCUCUGAAUAACUUUGUCCGACUAAAGUCUCUGGAUCUUUCAUACAAUGCUAUCAUCUCAGUGGAGGGGCUGCAGCAUUUGAAAAUGCUGGAAAGGCUGGUGCUUUAUUACAACUGCAUACCAUCUCUAGAGAAAAUAAAAGUGCUGUUUGAGCUGCCGGUUUUACGGGAGCUGGACCUCAGGCUUAACCCUCUGACUAAAAAUUGCCCACACUAUCGUCCACACGUGGUGCACGCCAUGCCCAACCUGCGAAAACUUGACAAUUGCCCGGUCAGGGACACGGAGCGCAAAGCUGCAAUACUUCAGUUCUCUUCUGAACGUCCUUCCCUGCAGCACAGCAGCUUCUCUCUGAACAUACCGCAGGAUCUAAGCGAUGAACUUAUAUUGAAUUUUGUUGAGACAACUCCCAGAGACCAUGGCGAAACUGACUCUGUUCACAAGGAAGUGGAGGAGCUUGAAAGGGAAGACUCAGAUGGCCGUACGGAGCAGAGGAGUUCAACUCCGAAGCAGGAAUUGGCCAAGUCCAUCCUUCGGUAUCCCACCACUAAAAACUAUAUUGCCGAGUCCAAAGACCCACAGAUGAAUACACUACCUUAUAAUAAAGGCUCUACAUCACCUAAAGGAGCUGAAAGACCAAAAGUGUCCUUUGGGCCCGUUUUUGAGAAGCACAGAACUCUGCCUGGAAAACAAAAGCAGAAGGACUCUUCCAACCUAACCAGACAUAAGGCCAAGGGCCAUUUUACCCCAAAUCCUGCUCUAAAUGACCAUUCUGGGUCUUCAUUUGGUGACAUUCGGCCUCCUAGCCCACUGCAUCCCAGUUUGAAUCUCUCAGACCCCUCUAACCCCAUAUUGCAUCCAGCAAGGCUGACCUACUCGAGCUUUAACAAGACAGAAGGGGGAUCCCAGUCACAGACGCAAGCUGAAAAGAAAAAAAAGGGUGGUUAUCGGAAACCCCUGGAGAUGCUCCUAAAUCUGGUGGACAAAUACUGGAGGGGGGAGAGAUCGCUUCAUCAUAACAACAGCUUCCUGUCUCAGGCGGUGCAGAUCCUCUCCAUGAUGGAGAGCGAUAUUUCCAAUAGGGAGGCCGAGGUCAAGACCUUAAGACAGGAUGUGAACGCACUUCGCUUUCAAGCGCUCGCACGAGAGGACGAACACAAAACUGACGUUCGCAACCUCUCUGCCCAGCUGGAGGAAGCUUGUAGAGAGGCGAGCAAAUUGAAUGAGCAGCUAAGGAUCGUGCUGGAGGAGAAUGUCACCCUGCAAAAACAGCUCAUCAAGUUAGAGCGUCAGUAUCUCAAGUCGAUGAUGAAAAGUUCACCGGUUACUCAGAUCCGAGAGGCACAGACAGAGGUGGAGGAGCUGAGGAAAGAGAUUGAGGACCUGAGGAAAAAAGUGCAAGAGUCCGAGAAAGUCCAAGAACUGUCAAAUAUGCUUCAAGAAAGCCACAGGUCCCUGGUGGCUACAAAUGAAUGUUUGCUUGCUGAGCUUCAGGCAACCGGGAAACAUUAAAGCCAAAUGGGAACAAAGUUAUGGACACAAGGAUUGAGCAUCAAAGCAGAAUUAUGCCAAGCUUCUUAUAAGCACACGGUCAGCAGUCCAUCUGCUUUCUGCGUUGCCAUGGAUUGAAUGCAUCAGGACUGCAGCUGCACUGUGACUUUAUUUAUAUGUCUGCCUCGGGCCUGGAGAGCUGCUCACACACGCACACUUUCCUCCUGCAAACCCUCAUACAAGACAUAGCUGAGCGCAUUAGAAACAAGCUGAAUGUAGCUGCUGCUUUUGUCUGAAUUUUACAGGUCACUGGAUGGAUAGUGUGACCACUGCAGAAGCACCGCUGAGAAGCCCAUAAAACAGAUACCUCUUUUCAGCUUAUUUAUUUUCAAUAAUGCAUCAUAAAUCAAGAACACACGUUUAGAGGCAUUGAGAACAAGAAAAAUAGAACACUGCAUGCACUGGGGCACAAUAGUACUUUAAGAGUUAUUAGCAAAAACCAAUAGUUCCUCCACAUUAAAGGUGCACAGUAUUUGGCAUUAAACACAAAAAAAGUACUGGAGCUAACACAGAAAGCCGCUAGUUUUGCACUCGAUGCAUGAUUCUUCAUCAGCUGAGGCUACAGGUAGUGUGUUACACACAAUACUGUCAUCUUGGAAAAAUAUUGUACAAAAAAUUAUUGUAUGCAGUUUACCCUUUUAUCUGGUAGAGUAUGUAAGUAAACAUUAAAACCCUGCUUUUUUCAGGUAAUUACUGUGCCUUCGAUGACAGUAGCUUACAUAAAAGGUACAGACACAUAGGGUAGCAUUAGAGGUAAGCUUACUUUGUACAAGUACAAAUACAUACAGUCAUUGCAGGCAAAUACAAGAUUUGAUCAGGAUGCCACAGUUUCAAUAAUUAGUUUAUUUUAUUUAUUUAUUUAUUUUUACCAAGAAAAUACCUAAGUCUGAGCAGUAGUCUGUAAUCACAUCAGGCACAGCAGUUUAGGGAAAAAAAAGAAACAAACUCUGUCAUCUGUAUGCCUCUGAAUCAAAUGCAAUAUACAUAUCAUGCACAAAGUACAGCAAUACAGAAAAACAUAAAAGUCAGUGUCUUAAAUUAGGCUACGUGGCAGAAACUGUGUCGAAUACAUACACAACCUUACAGCAAAUAUAUUAGAACUACUUUAUAUAAUUCUGAUGAGGAUAUACGGAACAUGUUGAAAAUACAAUCUUGUACAACUGAGCUUAGUAAGCAGGGCAAGAUCGUCUGCUUAAAAUGCAUGUUGCUUUAUUUAUAAUUGAAUACCAAAAGAUCAGAAUAAUGCCUGUUAGAGAUAUAAUUAUGUUUAAAAAUGGAUUAAAAGGGAAGGCCUUUUAUUAUGUUUUACGUAUUAUGAAGAAGCAAAGUUAUGCCACAGAUUUUAAUGCAAAUUGAAGCCUCUAAUAUACUUCCUUGGUCUCAGACUAAUCAUUUCCUUAUGUACGGAAGCCCAGAAAGGCCAGAUACGAAAUUAAAGUGAAGAUACUUGAUUUAUCUUUGAUGCGGAAAACAACGCACCCUUCACAUUCAUUGGCACUCGUAGCAAAGAUGCAAAAGCAUAAAUUCAUAUUUUAGUACAAGAGCAUAACCUGAAACUUGAACAGCACACUUUGGAGAUAUUUUUUACCUCCUUAACCGUAACUAUUUGUAUGUGACGGCAAAAUAAGCUUGGUUCCUCUUCACCUAGUCUUGAUUAUCACAUUUCCAGUUUUGCCCUUUUUAAUUACUGUUCAGAUUGUAGAUACGUUUAGACGAGUAACUAUUUUAUUCCCUAAUAAUGAAGAUCAACAAACAUCUAAUGGCAUGUUCUUUUGUCUUUAUUAUUUUGAAGAGGCUAGGAAAAUUCUUUUUGUCAUGCCAUAUUUAUACCCCAGGGAAAGAGGAAUAGAUUACACUUUGACCAACUCAAAAAGUAAAGUUUGUAAAAGCUUAAUUCAGAUGCAUUUAUUUUCUUUUAGAAAUAAAUAGGGGCACCAGUGACAGUUCUUGUAUAAAUGGUGCCCUUGGUGAGACACUCCUCCUGCUGCGCCUCAAAAUGUAGGAAGUCAAAUGUGAUUCUGGGGUGGGAUUAAAGGCAGUGCAGUUUCUGCACAAAGCACAUAAUUAUUCUGCCUAUUCUGAGCACCACAUAGGGGGCUUCAACUCCCUCUAGACCACUGAUAUAAAACAACACAACACUUGGCCAGUGUGCAACUGACAAAUAAUUUUAUCUGGUGCUCUCCAACCUUGACUAAUGCUGCCCUGGGCAACUGCCCAUAUGAUCCAUCAAAACUAUCAGUGGGGGUACCAGUCAUUUUUGUAAAAGUGGGAUUUUGUAGAGUUUUAGAUUAAGUUUAUUCUCCUCCAAAGAAAAUAUGAAUUUAUUUGAGAACUUUUUCUGGUUGAAAUGUUUUUUUCCCCAGAAAAAGGCAAUCAUUCUCUAUUAGAUUUCCUUAAAAAAAACUAAAAUUAACGAUGUGUUUCUAUUAUUUGGUCAGUUUUAUGGGCUUCCGUACAUAUUAGUAAUAUCUUAUGAAAGAAAAACUGGACAGCAGGCUUCUUUAAACACAGUACCUGAAAAGUGCAAGUGAAAAAAAACAAAUGAGGGAUAAAAGCUGUAAAAGCAAACAUCAGUUAUAUCUGUGUCAAACAAAAAGUGUGCCAGUCGUCUUUAAACCGACACCUUUUUUUCACCAAACAGGGUAAAAGAAAUAUUUCUAAUUUUAAAAAAAAGCAUUUUUCAUCAAACUGUUGUGCUGUUUGUGGCAUGUUGCUCAUUGUGCUCGUUAAAUACUCUGGGGCCCUUACAUAAAGCUCUAGCAGUUCCUCUCAUUGGUUCUCCUCAGUGUUUGGCAGUAACUCGCUAUCAGACAGGAAUGUACCAGCUGGUGAUGACUUUGUAAAAAUACAUGUAAACAGGUUUCCAGUUCUCACACAAAGACAUUUAUUUUGUUUCCCUCACACACACAGACAUACACAUAAAAAUAAAUGGGUUGGGAAAUGUA